GUUAUCUAUUCUAUCAACAAUAAACAAAAGUUUCAAUUGCUUCCACAGAAUUGAAUCAAUGUCAAGAGUAGCAAGACUGCAGAAUCUACUUCCUCGAGCACCUCGAAUCAUUCGAGAUGGAGAUCCUUCCUCUCUUCUAACUUUCAGUCCAACCGGACCUAAGAAACGUCCUCGCAACAAACAAAGCUCUCGACUAGUUUUAACGCUUGAUAUGAGCAAUGAAGCAACAGAUUUUCGCAACCAACUCAAGGAAAAAUAUCUUCAUUCAUGGGGAGGUUUUCUGGAUACUCGAUUCGAACUCAUAGAUCCCUUACCUGACCGGGAUUUUUACAUAAAGAUGUACAAAGAUACAAUCAAUGGCUUUUGUGCAAAAUCCCCGCCAGAAUUUCCUGUCGGUCCAACAAUGAAUUUUUUUGUUUCUGAAAGUUCCAAAGUCUCUGGCCUCGUUGAGCAUACAUACCCAAAAGAAUCAAAUCAAGGGAAGCAGGUCGUAUCCAAGGAUCCAUCUGGGCGUCAUUUCUUGAUUAUGACGAGUUUCAGCAAAGGAUCGGUGGUUCAUAAGCUUCGUGAUUAUUUCAUCAAGGAAUUUAGCAAAUUUCCAAAUGAGGAAGUCCAAACAGUUAUGAAGAACGUGGGAAAGGAAAAAUUCAAAGCACAUAUGCCAUUGGGAUAUUGUAAAGAUAUGGGAAUGAUGCAUGCGGAAAAAACAAAGGACGAUGUCGCGUAUGAAUUUAUGGGAACUGAGGGUCUUCACUUGGGCACAGCUGUGAGUUUAAGUUUAUGGCGUAAACAUUACGACGUGGACCCGAUAAGGAAAUGGGGUGAUCCAGUGAUGGUAGAUCAGAAAUGCGUAUAUUCAAAAGCGCUUGAAGGAAAUUCGAAACAACCUUCAUCCUCGUUUGUUUCCAUCGCUCCGGAGAAACAGUCUUCAAAGGAAAUUCUAGAAAGCGGAGAUGACACCUGAAGUCUGAGAUUAAGUUCCAAUAUCCCGAAUUGAAGCAAGGCUGAACCAACGAGAAUUCGAUUUAAGAGGGAAGUUCAAAAAGCACAAAUUCAUCUAAAGAAUUUGGAGACGUUCGACAAGGGGAGAAGUGAAGGAACCACAUUUGCGGUGGGAAGCACUGUCUCCUAGUAUAUUCAUGGUUCACUAGAGUAGGGAAGCCUUAUUGAAGGACCCGCUGUGAGAAACUACAAACCAUCUCAAAUUUGUUAUACGGGCAUGUCUCAAAGGAAUGAAUUACACGUUUCAAAUUAUGUGUGAAAUCAUGGGUCGGAGAUGUAAAUCAUGAGGCCAUCGCACAGAAAGAAGAAUUUUCCUUCAAGUGAUCGAAUAAUUUGAUCAAGGGGACAUACCUACCAAAGGCAGUGCAGGAUUGAGUGGGGGACAAACUUUACAUAUUUGGUCGGAACAUUACAAUUUACCAUUUCGGUCAAGAAUAAGGCUGAGAUGGUAUUGAACAUUGACAUAGUUGCUCAAAGGAAACCAUUUCCGAGGAAUAAAGAUCACUUCGAGAAUUUAGUUGGCCAAUAUGUAUCUCAGCACACCAUAGAUGAGCUCUAAGAAUCUCGCCAGUUGAAGAGAGAAUGGGGACACCACAUGUUUGAAGUCUGAAUCCAGUCGAAUUGAUAUUCUCUAGAGCACACUGUUUUAGCACACUGUUUGUCUUAAUUCCAUCAAAUUUACCCGUGAUGUGGUAUUGGAACA